AUCACCGCGUGGGAAAUGAAGAAACAGAUCAGCCAUGCACAAGCAGUUGCUAUAAUUAGAUUUCUUGGGCGGUAAGGCAAACGGUUUUGUACCUCAGAAAGAUUUUUAAUUUAGUAAGACAUUUAAAGAAGGCAAUAGAAUAUUCUACCGCGUCUGAAACGAGUUCAAUUCGUAGGAAGAUUUCAAAAACAAUCUUUUUGUCUUCUUUCUUCCUAUUCAGUUUCUCUAUUAUAAAUCUUCAUCGUGGGUCAGACGAUUUAGACAAAAACAUCAACUCGACAAAGAAGAAGAAGAAACAAAAGUUUUUUCUUUCUUGUUGUUGUCUGAGAGGUUAAAGAUUGUUAUUUUCUUGAUAGAAAAUGGCAUCAAACGACGCUGGAAGGCCGUUACCUAAAUUUGGGGAAUGGGAUGUGAAUGAUCCGGCAACUGCGGAUGGAUACACGGUGAUAUUCAGCAAAGCCGGUGAAGAUAAAAAGACGGGAAGGAGUUCGACAAAGACGGCUUCUCAGAGGAAACAAGACGGUGAUAAACCAGCGGUCAAGAAAUGGCUUUGUUUUACCUUUUCUUAAACUUCUUUUGUGUUGUGUCAAUUGUUAUCCUAAGGGAGAACUUAGCUUUGAGCCUUUGAUAACUCUUGUCUUAGAACUUUUUCGUUUUGGUUUAGUCAUCUGAUAAAAUAAACUCUUAUGUUUAUUUUCUUACGAUGAAUCAACAAAACUUGUAGUUUU